AUGUACAGGCAGUUUGUUCUGUCAAUCCUGCUUGCAGGCGUCCUGUGUGCGGUGGGCGGCGGCACCCGCAAGACCCGCCUCCAUGGCUCCAUCCCCAACCCCUUCAAGGGGAACGGCAACACCUCUGACAAACGCACCCGUAAACAGGAAAUCCUUGCCUCCAGCCAGGAAGCUCUGGUCGUCACCGAGAGGAAGUACCUGAAGAGUGACUGGUGCAAGACCCAGCCGCUGCGUCAGACUGUGAGCGAGGAGGGCUGUCUCAGUCGCACCGUCAUCAACAGGUUCUGCUAUGGCCAGUGUAACUCCUUCUAUAUCCCGCGACACGUUAAGACGGAGCACGAGUCUUUCCGGUCCUGUGCUUUCUGCCGACCGCAGCGGUUCACCACGCUGACCGUAGAGCUGGACUGUCCCGACCUCCAGCCGCCCUUCAGGCACCGUAAGAUCCAGAGAGUCAAACAGUGUCGCUGUAUAUCGGUCUCCGUCAGUGACUCUGGGAAGCAGUGA